AUGGAUGAGAAUAAAGACGCCAGCCUGCUGGUCAUUGUGCUGGACACCAACCCGUCCCAGCGAAUAAUUCGCCAGAAGCCGCACAAUCUCACACAAUGUCUCGACUCGAUCGUGGCCUUUGCAAAUGCCCAUCUGAUGCAGAAGGCUCAAAAUAAGUUGGCCGUCUUGGCCUGCCAUCAUCACGCGACGGAAUUCCUUUACCCUACACCCGGAAAACCUUUGGACAUCCGGCAGGUUGAUGGACAGUACGAAGUGUUUACAUUGGUGGAGAAAACUAUCAAGCAGAAGUUGGCCAAUCUGAUCAAUAAUGCACCGCGGCUAACGACGCCUACGGAGUCUCUGCUCGCCGGAAGCAUGUCGAUGGCGCUGUGCUACAUUGCAAGGAUAAACCGUAACAAAGCCCCCGGUGCCAAGAUCAACUCCCGUGUGCUGGUCGUUACUGGAAGUAACGAGUGUGCGUCGCAGUACAUGACCUACAUGAACGUGUUUUUCACUGCACAAAAGCAAGGCGUGGUCAUAGACGUAUGCGCCCUGGAUAAAGCUCUCAGCUUGCUGCAGCAAGGAUGCGAUAUUACCGGCGGGCAGUACCUCCGGCUGGAGCAAUUGGAUGGGUUUUUACAGUAUCUUUUGUGGGUAUUUCUUCCAGAUCCUCAAAUGCGUUGCAAACUAGUACUACCGCCACCGGUUAAGGUGGACUACCGUGCCGCAUGUUUCUGCCACCGAGAACUCAUCGACAUUGGUUACGUGUGUUCGGUUUGUCUUUCGAUUUUCUGCAAAUUCAGUCCAAUUUGCACCACCUGCCACACUGUCUUCAAGGCUCCCGCUCCGAUAGCAGCUAAACCGAAGAAGAAGAAAAUGAAAACCUAAUCCAUGGUGAUAUCGUUUGUUUUUCUUUAUCCCUCAAAUAACAUGUAUUUCAUACUAACGUGCCGG